AUGAGCUGGGAAGAUAGACUAAACAUAGCUAUUGAUGCAGCACUAGCAAGAUCAUUCCCAGUUGGAGGUGAAUCUCAUGUGUCUACACUUGUAGCUGGCACACCUGGAUAUCUUGAUCAUGAAUAUUACCAAACAAAUAGGUUGUCUGAGAAAAGUGAUGUCUACAGUUUUGGUGUUGUACUAUUAGAAAUCAUAACAAACAAACCGGUGAUCGAUCAAACACGCGAAAAGCCUCACAUAGCAGAAUGGGUGAAGUUUAUGCUUACUAGAGGAGAUAUUAACAAUGUUAUGGAUCCUAAACUCCAAGGGGUAUAUGAUUCUGGCUCAGCAUGGAAAGCUCUUGAACUAGCUAUGACAUGCGUGUAUCCUUCUUCUUUAGAAAGACCUAACAUGUCACAUGUAGUUCAUGAGCUGAAGGAGUGUCUGAUAUCUGAAAACAAGAGGACAAGACUCAAGAGACAUCAACGUAUCAAGUUCAGUAGACAUUAACUUAAGCUUUGGUUCUGAUGUGAACCCCAAGGCACGUUAGGUCUUCUCUUUUGACUUUGCUGCAUUCGUUUUUUUAGUUUGUCAGUCGUGUAACUUAUGUUAAUGAGUCGUUAUAAAGAUCAAAACUAAACGUUUGUCGCUUUGUAAUGAAAGAUGAACUGAAUAAAACUGAAUCCUUACAAUAACAAAAGACAAAACUGUAAUCCUUAUAUAUCACACUUGAUAUUAAGACAAGAAAAAGGGCACAGACUGUAAUCAAAUGGAAGCUGGAAAGUCAAAGUGGACAUUAUAUGAAAGUGUGAAUUUUUUCUAUUACCUUUUUGGGUUCUCAAGUCUCAACCAAGAGAGGGUGGUGGUGGCAUAGAAUUACGGUUCACAGUAACCCAAACAGAGGAACACAAAGACCGAGACUUGCUUUUUAAUGAGAUUCAGAAC